AAAUCAUAUUUCGUUUUGAUUUUAGCUCAAAAUUAAUUAGGUAAUUAGUUAUUACGUCAAUUUUAUAAUAAUAAGAAAAAAACAAUGUGAAAUCAAGCUAUCGAAGUACAGAGAUCACUGUAGAUAACACGUAUUCACAGCAGAAAUGGAGAGCAUUACGAACUUCUCAGUUUCACUAAUCAAAGGAUUUAUAGAUAGUUUGCGUGGUGUGACAGUGUUGUUAUAUUUAGAUAAAGAAAUUAAUGAAAGAGCCCUAAGUCGUUCUCCUCAACUGGAAUAUGAUGGUGCCAAACAUAAAUUAAAGCAGCCUAAAAUAAAACAAGAGUCAAAAGUACUUACAAGAGUUUUACAGUCUUGUAUAUUAAAUGGGUUUAUAUUUUUACUAAGUAUACUUGUGUUUGAAUAUGCGUUACUACCAGGAGUUAAGUACUUAGUAAUAGCUAUAUUUGGACAUAAUCCAGGAGUAGCAUACAGUGUAUGGUCAUGGAUACAACCAUUCUUAUCUAUGACAUUCAGGAUGAUAUGGGUGUUGCCAUUGUUCCUUUUAAGCAAACUGGUUAAUAGCCUGUGGUUUCAAGAUAUAGCAGACUCAGCAUAUAGACACAGACGAGGCAGGCCUCAAUUCAUGUCUAGUGUCAGUAAAAUCAUUGCUGACUCAUUGUUUAGUUUAUUGGUGCAAGCCUUAUUCUUAGUACAGAGUAUGCUAGUCAGUAUGUUACCUAUAACAUAUGUUGGGGAACUAUUAUGCCUCAUUCACAUGUGUCUACUCUACUCACUCUAUUCCUUUGAGUACAAAUGGUUCAACAUGGGCUGGGAAUUACACAAACGUCUGACAUUUAUUGAAACAAAUUGGCCGUACUUUCUUGGGUUUGGUCUGCCAUUGGCUGUAUUGACACAGAUUCCACAGUCAUAUAUUAUUAGUGGUUGUGUGUUUUCAAUAUUUUUCCCCGUUUUCAUUUUAAGUGGCAAUGAAGCGUCUCCAGUCACGGGAAGUGAAUAUCCCCUACGUUUGUUCUCUCCCGUAGUUGCAAUCUCAAAUGGAAUGUUCCGUUUCGUCCAACACAGCGCUGACGUCAUGGACAAAACGAGAUGAUAGAUAUUGCUGUCCAAAUGCUUUAUAGGGCUUAUUUUUAUAUGCAAGCCUGGCACACACACCCAUGAGUACACGAGUUUUCGAAACUGACUUAUAUAAGUAUUUAUUCUCGUACCGUAAAAUCGAAUUACGAAAGUAAAACGAUCAUAAUAUAACGAUGUUUUUAAUACAGGAAACAAUGUUAUAAUAAUCAAGUCAAAGUUUAAUUUGAAUGCAAUUAGGAAACAAUGUAUGUACCAAGGUGUUUAUUUAUGCUUAUCAGUGACUAAUUAUACAAUAUCUAAACAAUUAAAUUAUAAAAAUAAAACACGAUCAACAAUUAUAUAUAAUAUUAAAAUAUAAUCAAUUGUAAUAUGCAUUGAUCAACUUAAUAUAUUCAAUAUAAAAAAGGAACAAGAAAGUCAUUAUAUAUAAAAAAGAAUACCAGAGUUUUUUAUAUUAUUUUUUUAAGCAUUUUCAGUUACAUUAAUAUAUCUAUUUCCGGGUAAUUUGUGUUAUAAUCUGGAGCUAUUAUUAUUAUUAUCGUAGUAUAUAUCGUAUUUACUACCUAUUCGAAAGUCUACGGCCUUGACUUUGAGCGGACAAGAAUCAGAAACAUGACUACGGAAGACAAGGAUUUCCUAUUGCCUAGAAUUAUUUCAUCUUUUUCGAAAUUCGAUGAAUACGAUACAAGAUAUAUGUGUGUUGUAAUCUAUGAUUGUGUAUUGUUGUUGAUUUCCUGCUCCGUGAAGAAAAUUUUUCGUCAUUUUAUUAUACUUUUCAAGCUAUGUUAUUAUGGGAACUGUAUUUUUGUAUGCCGUUUGCAUAUUACGCACAACGUUGAUCGUUAAAAUCGAUCGAUAAAAAUAGGCCCUAUAAAAGAUGUUCUCGAAAAAAUUAUAUGAAUAUUUGUAGUUUACAUUUCGUUUAGAAAUAUGAUAUUGUUUUCAUUGACGGGUGCAACUUAAGACUUUUUAUUAAAAUUUUGUAUAUAUUGAUAUUAUAAUUUAUUGUAUGUACCUAAGGGCUAGAAAAUUAAGAAAUUGUGAUUAACGUCAAUUUUUAUUUUU